GCCGGGAGCAGCGGGAGCAGUAGCAACAGCGGCAGCAACAGCAGCAGCAUGGCCCCGCCGGGCGGGCGGGAGCGGCGCCGCGAAACCCCGCUGCACGGGACCGGCGGGGCAGGCAGGGACCCCGCGGGGGCCGGGGUGGGAUGGAGAGACCGGGCAGGGUCCGGUGCGACGGGACGGGAUGGGGCAGGAUGGAAGGAUCCUGCGGAGUCCGGUGCGACAUGGAAGGACCCGUCGGGAUCUGGUGCGACGGGACAGAACCGAGCGGGAUGGAGGGACCCGUCGGGGUCCGGUGAGACGGGACAGAACCGAGCGGGAUGGAGGGACCCGUCGGGGUCCGGUGAGACGGGGCAGAACCGAGCGGGAUGGAAGGACCCGUCGGGGUCCGGUGCGGCGGGCCGAGCCGCAGCCGGGAAGGCAAAGAUCGCGGCGCGGCUGAAGCGGACGCUGCCGGUGCGGGGCCCGCAGGCGCCCACGCUGAGCGAGCUGAUGCGGUGGUACUGCCUCAACACGAACACUCACGGAUGCCGCCGCAUCGUGGUGUCCCGCGGCCGCCUGCGCCGCCUGCUCUGGAUCCUGCUGACCCUCAGCGCCGUGGGGCUUAUCCUCUGGCAGUGCGCCGAGCUGCUCCUCAACUACUACAGCGCCUCGGUCUCCGUCACCGUCCGGUUCCAGAACCUGCCCUUCCCCGCCGUCACCAUCUGCAACAUCAACCCCUACAAGUACAGUUCCAUGAAAGACUAUUUAUCUGAAUUGGACAAGGAGACAAAAAAAGCCUUGGAGACUUUCUACGGGUUUUCAGAGGGCAAGUCCAAGGUGCGCCGGGCGGCUGAUGAGUGGAACAGCACAGAGAGCGACUUCUUCAAACACAUCCCCCUGCUGAAGUUUGAAGACUUCUCCAAGACAGCAAUUGACCUCCGCAGUGGCCAGAAGAGGAAAAUAGAGGGCAGUGUCUUUCACAAGGACUCGUCCAUAGUCAACUCUGGGGAUUCAAAUGAUAUUAUUGGCUUUCAGCUGUGUGAUGCAAACAACAGCAGUGACUGUGCUCUGUAUACGUUCAGUUCGGGAGUUAAUGCCAUCCAGGAGUGGUACAAACUGCAUUACAUGAACAUCAUGGCUCAAAUUCCCCUGGAGACUAAAGAAAGAUUGAGUUAUUCUGCUGAUGACCUUAUACUGACAUGUUUCUUUGAUGGCCUAUCUUGUGACAAAAGGCACUUCACUCGUUUCCACCACCCCCUGCAUGGCAACUGCUACACCUUCAACAGCGGGGAAAACGGGAUGAUCCUCAGGACCUCCACUGGCGGCAGCGAGUACGGGUUGCAGGUUGUCCUCUACAUAGACGAAGCAGACUACAACCCCUUCCUGGUGACAUCAACAGGAGCCAAGAUCAUAGUCCAUGACCAGAAUGAAUAUCCCUUCAUUGAGGACAUCGGCACAGAAAUAGAGACUGCGGCAGCCACCUCCAUAGGGAUGCACUUUACUCGGUCUCGCAAGCUGAGCAAACCCUACAGUGACUGCACGGAGACUGGUGCCGACAUACCCGUAGAAAAUCUGUAUAACAAGAGCUAUUCCCUCCAGAUCUGCCUGCACUCCUGCUUUCAGAAGGCCAUGGUGGACUCAUGUGGCUGUGCCCAGUACGCGCAACCCUUACCUGCUGGGGCAGAGUACUGCAACUACAAGAAAAACCCCAACUGGAUGUACUGCUACUACAGGCUGCAUGAGAAGUUCGUGAAGGAGCAGCUGGGCUGCCAGCAAAUCUGCAAAGACGCCUGCAGCUUCAAGGAGUGGGCGCUCACCACCAGCAUCGCCCAGUGGCCAUCCACUGUGUCCGAGGACUGGAUGCUUCGAGUUCUCUCCUGGGACAAAGGGCAGAAAAUCAACAAGAAGCUGAACAAGACGGACCUCGCCAACCUCAUGGUGUUCUACAAAGACCUGAAUGAGAGAUUCAUUUCGGAGAAUCCUACCAACACGCUCGUCAUUCUUCUUUCCAACUUUGGAGGCCAGCUGGGCCUUUGGAUGAGCUGCUCAGUUGUUUGCGUCAUUGAGAUCGUUGAGGUCUUCUUCAUCGAUUCGCUUUCCAUCGUAAUGCGACGCCAAUGGCAAAAGGCAAAGAAAUGGUGGAACAACCGAAAAAGGGAUCAGUUGGGGAAGCCUUCGCAGGCCAGCGAUCCAGAGAGGCAGGGCCACGAUAACCCCGUGUGCGUGGAUGAGGACCUGCCCACCUUCAACACCGCCCUGCGCCUGCCGCUGCCGCAGGACAGCCCCUUGCCCAGGACUCCCCCUCCCAACUACAGCACUUUGCGGCUAGAGACUGCGUUCACAGAGCAGCUGCCCGAUACGCUAGAGGUUGGGCAGCACUGACGCUUAUUUAUCCACCCAUCCAGGUGCCAAAAUCAGAGGUGGGUGCUGGACCCAUGUGCCCAGGGGUGAAGGGCACGCAUCCAUACGAGCACUGAAGGGCUGUUGGGUCAGACCUGUAUUCAGGGAUUGAACUUGCAGUCAAAGCUUCUUUGAGCAAAGCUCAGACACAAAAGCCGAGGGCUCAGAUACAUUAGGAACUUCAAGCAACAUCAAUGCUCAAGGUAAUCACUGCAGGAGGUGGCUGGAGCAGGAUGUGGCACUGAGCUGGGGUGUCUUGCCAGACAGAGGCAGCCACCUGCACACACCCCAUUGUACAUGGGCAGGAGUUACUCCACAGCAGAAGAUUGGUGCCUCAUUGAGUAUUAACAUUAAUUGCUCUCUGCUGUGUGGCUUGACUUGUGGGAAAAACCCAGGGCUUUCAGGAAUGCAGCAUGACAUUUGUAGGAAGGGGCAUGGCAGAGGCUUAGGAAGAGUACAAAAUGGGUAAAAGAAAAGCUCUCGAGCUGAAUUUACAUCAGGAACCUGAUUCCAAAGAUGGCCUCAGGAGCUCUUUAUUCCAAGAUGAAACGUUAGACAGCCAUAGAUGGGCUUGUAGAAUGUGUUAUGACUCCAGCUUGGGUAGGAGGAUUUGAGUCAUCCCAAAAGAAUGAUCUAAAUAGGGCACAAAAUCUAAUUUGGAUGGCAGUAAUGAACUGCAUACUCUGCAAACUUGUUUCAUUUUCCCUUGCUCAAGCCGGCCAUUAAAAGGAACCUCAGAGGACCUCAUUAGGCAGUUCCUGGCCCUGGCCACACGUGACUUCCCAGAAGACUCAAAGGGAGCUGGUGGCUCUUUUCCUGCUCAACCCUGUGCAAGGACUUCUCUCCUGGAGCCACCCAGUUCCCUGCCCGGGAGCUGGUGGUGCCCCAGGAGGGGAUUGAGCCGCUGGAGCUGCCUUGGGCGCCGCACGCAGCCCUGAAAGGAGGUGGCAGGAGGGUCCAUUGGCCUCACCAGUCCAUCAUCCACCUUGCUUCUGCCCCAUGAAUUCCACAGGGCUGCAUCAACACGCGCCGUUUGCCUCCUGCGUGUUGAGCUGUGCGGCUUCCAAUGCGCUGAAACCCGCACGGCUGCGGCGCUUGUGGUGAGACCUCCUGGCACCUGGUGCCCACUCCUGCACCACAAUCUUCCCUCCCAUAGCCGAUUCCUUGCUGCCUGGAGCGCACUGCAUAGAUGCUGAGGAUGGACAUAGCCUACAGGGAUUGGCUGCUUGGGGUUUUUGCAGAAUGAGUGAUUGUGAGCGUGUGUAAGCAUAAGAAAGUCUCUCUUCUCCUUUCUCUAUAUAAGCUUAUUUUAAAUAGGACAGGGAGAAUCCAGGAAGGUCCUUUAAUGUGCAAUAAAACAUAUUUUAACUGAAUUAUUUAAAUUGCUGAUAAACUGGGAAAAAAAUAAAUAUAUAUUUUUGA